AUGUCCACAGAAGCCUUUGACGCCGCUUUAGAUAUCCUUCGCAGACUUGAUCCGACGAAAAUUGAAAAAAACUUGGCGCAGUUGAUUCAAUUAGAGCCUAGCUUGGCCGAAGACCUACUUGCAUCUGUAGAUACACCACUACAGAUCAAGAAAGACCCCAAUGCUUCUCAAAGAGAGUUCUUGUGCUGCGACUAUAAUCGCGACAUUGACUCACAUAGAUCUCCCUGGUCCAAUCAGUACGUUCCAGCCCUAAGCACCGAAGAACUGGAAGAGUCACCUUUCCCAUCUGAAUCUGUUAGGAAGCUAGAAGUAUUAGCCAACGACUCCUUUGACAUAUACAGAGAUCUAUACUACGAAGGUGGUGUAUCUUCUGUCUACUUAUGGGAUUUAGGCGACAACUCCAGCGAUUUCGCUGGUGUAGUGCUGCUCAAGAAGGGCGACAAGAGUCUCAGCUCUUGGGACGGUAUCCAUAUUAUAGAAGUUCUUCAAGAGGGCUCUGAAGUCGUGUAUCGGAUUACAACGACAAUCAUACUUCACUUGGGUGCGGCGAGAAAGAUGACACUUUCUGGAAAUCUAACCAGGCAGACCGAAAAAUCGUUUCCUGCUCCUUCCAAGCUCUCUGAAGACCAGUUGCACGUAUGGCACAUAUCUAAUUUGGGGUCAUUGGUUGAAACAAUAGAGUCACAAAUGAGAAACUUGUUGGAAGUUGUUUAUUUCGAUAAGACUAGAGACAUCUACCACGAACUAAGAGACAGCUCUUCACAGACUUCCUCUCAAAACAAAACUGCACACGAAGAGGUUAUCAAAGGUCUGCAAGGCAUGUAG